AUGAUUUUGCUCGGGCCUUCGGAAUCGUGGCCGUUGGCCAAAUCAGAUCUGGCAGAGCUUUCUACGUUUGCGCUUCCUCUCACUCCCGAAGCACUCUCACCAGAAGGUAGCGCUUCCAGCUGUCCAGGUUUGGCCCCUUCUGUUCGAGGUCCCCAGGAUACCACAUGUCUGGCUGCUAGCGGUCCGUUUGAAAUGUCCGCUGUGACCUUUCCGACCAUUCGGAUGGUCAACAAGGCAGCUUACCCCGAUGCAGCUAGUGUCAAGGCCAAGGUGUCGAUGGUGACCCAAAUAGAGAACUCGGAUGAAGAGACACUUCUUCGCUCAGUACAUCCUUCGUUGAGAGACUGUCCCCAUGUUGCAGUCAUCGAGCUGCUCCUCUGGAUCGGCCUGUCUGGAUAA